AUGGAUUUUCUUUUGCAACAUUUUAGAAGGUUAUUUUCGUUCUUGUGCGGAAAUUCUGACAAUGUGCGCCCGAAGGUAAGCCUGUAAGGUUUAAUUGAGUCUUGAGUUUAAAAGCUGCGAAAAUCCUAAUUUUCAUUUUAUAAAUGACAGCAGAUACUAUCGAUGAAGAUGGAACUGUCGUUAGACGACAGACGUAAGCAACUGUGGAGAUUCAGUAGAAUCUCUGCCUGCAAAAUCCUACCAUAAAUGUAGAUGAACACUAAAUUUUACCAUUAAGCAAAUACACUUCCUCGUCCACCCAAAGAAGUCGACCCAAACAAGUGACAAAUUUAACCUUACAACAAAAGGAUUGUGUUAGAUGGGAUCCAGGUCGAUAACAAUCAAAAUAUUAUGAUAAUUAAAAGGCUUGCCAAUAAAAGUACUUAUAUUGAUCAGAGAAUGCACGUUUGAUGAGUUAUGAUGCAUGGGUCAUCCCUGUACUUUGUGGAGUGUAGCUUCCAGCUUAAUCUGCAACUGAUUACCACUACUGUGGUGCUGUACCUGGGAUACUGCUCCAUCCUAUGGGAGCAUACACUGCUAACAACAAGAGCAUGCCAUUAGUCAACUUUACAAGCAUGCUUUUUUCAUUUUUAAAAGAACAAAGUUUAUCUGUAGUUUGACCAAAGCCACUUGCUCUUAUCUCCAUGCACCACUUUACCUGGGGGGGGGGGGGGGUACUGGCAUAUAUGAGCUAUAUAGGUAUGUGCCACUGUGAAGGGUAUGACUUUCAAGCAGUUUACUCUGGGGUAUGGUAUAUAUAUAUAUAUCAGAGAGUUUGGGUCUAGAAUAGGGUAUCAUUUUCCAGAAAACUGAUCAGUUGGUUGAAGAUUUCAGUCUAGACCAGGGAAACCAGGAAAUGCUACUCAAAAAUGUAAAAAAAAAUCAGUUUUGUUUUAGUUGGACUGUAGUUUCUGCAAAACAGCUACUCUAGGAUAGAGAGGAAUGGGGGAAUUUAUUCUAGUAUAGGGUAGAAAAAUCCACUUGAACUAUAGCUCUGGUUUAAGCUAAGGGUUCCAGGGUAACUGCGGCACAUGCCAACCCAAAACUUCCUAAAUCCCCCGGGCACUUAACGUCAGAACAAUAUAAAGUGGGUACAGUCAUGCCAUUCAAGGACAUCAUGUGGUAAAACCUAUAUUAAUAAUUGCCACCUCUUUAAGUUUAUAAUAAUAAACAGUUGAUGUUUUUGUCCUAGUGGCAGACAGUCCGUAAAUUAAAAAAAAGUUAUUAAAAGAAAGUGAAUAACAUACAAAUUAAGGUAAUCUGCUUCUGUACCUUACUUGCUUGUUCUGAACUUUUCCAUUCUGAAGUUUUAUCUGUUUAUUUGUUAUUAUAUAGAAGCCACUGGAUCCAGAUAAUACAACCAGAAUUAUACCGUUGCCCUUGCAGAAGCCUAGCCUGCAUUGCAAACUCUCCAUUUGGGGAAUAUUGUAAGUAAGUCAUGUGGGAGCAGCACUCAAAAAAAGACACCAGAACAAAGGGCUCCCUUUCUCUACCUUUCAUGGCUCUGCAGCUCUCAUGCAGUCAUUCUCUUGCUGAUCGAUUGCCACUCAAAACUUAAUGGAGAGCUUGCUUACAGGCUAAUGGGUGAUCAGUUUUAGUGACCGAGUUUCACUGUAUGCUGUAUGUUUAAUCCAUUAUUUCUCAAUAGCAUUCUUGUUAAUCUUUUCUAGAUUUGUCUUUCUGAUGCUGAUGUUUCAUCUGCAGAGGAAGCAAAUAUGAUAUUGCAAACCCACAGCAACCCUCACCAAGUUGAGGAAUUUAUUCUUGAAGGUAUGUAUAUUUUAUAAAGCUUUGUUUUGUCAGUGCAUUUAUUUGAAUAAAUUGCCUUCACAUCAAUGUACUAUUAUAGAGUUCCCAAUCCCCAUCCACCUAUAGAUUUGUCCUGUCCAUGUAUUUUAGGGUCCCAGAGCCACAAAAUAUCAUGCAAAUAAAAACAAUAACAAUAACAACAACUUGACGUCUUUACAAUUUUGUGCUCUGCUAGUUAUUUAAUUUCACUAAAAGUAAUGACCCCAAGAUACCAUGCAAAAUGAAAAUUUUAAAUCAACUAAUAACUGACAAAAAAACAAGGUCUUUAUAACAAGAGUGUAUGAAAAGCCACAUGAAUACUCAUCAAAGUGAUAGCUAUAGUAAUUCACAGGCUUACAAUUGCAAGAAGCAAUAAUUAUUUUCAACCAAACUGUUUUUUCUCUGCAAGGAAAGCCAAGCAUACACAGUAUUCCUAUCCAACUGUUUUACUUCACAAAUUUGCAAAGGCUCAGUCUGUGUGGUAAUCAACUGCAAGACAUUCCAUGGUCUAUUAUUUACCUGCGGCAACUCAAGGAGCUCGAUGUUUCCUUCAAUGCUUUGGUAGGUGCUGGUUUUAUACAAUUUUGAGAUUGUUUUAUUCAUCCUAUACCAGGGCUGUCAACCCCCCACGUCUUCAGAUAUUGAGAAUUGAUGGGGAAGGGAGGAUAGAUGACGUCAUAAUGCACGGCACUUGACGUCAUUUAUGACAAAAAAAAACUGUGAAAAAGAUGUUGUUGGAAUUGUAAAAUUUGACCUAAUUGAUUUACUUCCCACCAAUCACAUCAUUGCUUAUAUUACAAUGGCAUACUGGAGUUUGUGAGGAAAAUUAAGGUCGAUGUUAACAGUUAAAUAGCUCAAAUAAGGAAAAAUGUGUGAAAUUUCAUUGUCAGAAAGUCGAAACUACAAGAAAUGGCAAACUUCGGAGAUUAUCCAGGAGAUUUCAGACUCUAAUCUGGAGACCGGGAGAAACAGUUCAAAAUCUGGUGUCUCCCAGAUUAUCCGGGAGAGUAAUUGACAGUCCUGCUAUUAACAAUGUUAUUAAUUCACCAGCUGAUCACGUGUGGCUUGAUAUUGGCCAAAAAUUAAGAUAUUAUCUGUACCACAUUGCUGUAAGUGUAUAAUAGGCUCAUUUAUUACUUAUUUCAUAAUAGUAAGUUACUUUUGGGAAAUUCUUUUUGCUUAAAUGUGGAAAAGGCCAAGGCUUAAUUCAAAUGUAAAUGAAAUACUAUAUACAAUUUUGUGUCAACACUUACAAGCACGUACUGUUAUUGGUUACGGUACUUGUUAACCACCUUUUAAAAGUUCCUGGAAAUUCAAGCACACAGUUAAUUUGUGUUCUCAAAGAACUGUCCAUCCACCUGUUAAAAAUUGAUCAUUAAUUCUUGUUGUUUUUUUGUACAUUAGCAUGUUCAUAUUUCUUUGGCUAAAUAAUUGUCCAUUUAGUCUAUGUAAAAAAAGUAUUUUCAAUUAUAUUCUAUGUGUUUAUGUUACUCUUUAACUGCUUAUUCACUAUGAGCUGUUAGCUAUUAUUGUUUCCCUUUAUUAUUUUAUUUAUCAAUUUUUUAUUUUAUUAGAGUGUUCUUCCAAGAAUUGUGUGCUAUGUUCCAACCUUGCAAGUUUUAUCAUUUCGGUAAGAAGACCAAAACUUUGCCACAGAAAUAUAUUUGUCCUCAAAAAAAUGAAGGGAUCAAGAGCAAUAUUAAGUGACUGUUCUUUAUUCAAGGGAGUGCUUCUUUUUUCAAGUGUAAGAUGUUUAGUUUUGAAAGCCAUAAAAUUCAUCUGUUAGCCCUUUUGGGCCCCUUCACAGACCCAAAUGACAGAUUUUCCUACCCUGUCGUAUCCUUCAACGGUAAAAUCCCCACCCUUUCAUAUACCUUAAGCCUAAAAAUGGUACCCCUUUCAGGUGGAGCCUCCCCUGAUAGGCCAUUAUAGAGAGUACCCCCUGGGCGUGGCAUGCAUCACAAUGGGUGGGGCAUAUAAAGUCUCUAUUUUCUUGGUGCUCUAGAGUACUUUUAAAAGUACGUAUAAGUUCAUGGUGAAGAAAAUAUUCCAAGAGGACUAAUACUAAUCCUCCAUCCUCUCUCUUUUUUUCUUUUUCUUCAGAAACAACUUUAUCACCUAUUUACCAACAGAGCUGCUUAAUUUACCCAGUCUUAAGACUUUAGAGGUGCAAGAUAAUCCCUUGGUUUCGCCUCCUCCAGCAAUCGCAGAGAGAGGAAGAGAAUCCAUUUUAGCUUACCUUAGAAAGAGAAAAAGCAGAAGAAACAUGUUUUCAGACUUCAAGCCAUGGAUCUCUCCAAAUGAUGACCUGGUCACUGUAGAGGUAUCAACCCUGGUAGAGCUCUGUGUCAAGUAAGUAUAGCUCUGCUUAGCCUGCGUGGUAGGUCUUUGAAGAGGGAGGGGAAAGGGGGGAUCAGUUAAGGCAUACAAGUACACAGGGGGUGUGUGGGAGAUGAUGUUAAUUGAAAGAGGGAUUUAGAGGAAGACGUUUCCUUCCCAACUUACUCCCACACCUAUCGAGUACAUAGAGUACACACAAGAGAGGGAGUUAGAGGGAGACAUUCUGUUCCUACCUUCCUUCCUUGCCUCCUUGUUUCCUUAUCGCGAUCUCACGCACCUCUAUUUCAGGUAUUAAUUCCCAGCUUGAUUCUACCCAGUUUAUGAUGCUGAUACACGGUUCGUUAAACAAAGGGAAAUUGGAAUUAAUGGUGGACGAGGUCGUCCAGGUUCAUCAAACUAUUAUGAUGCAAAACAGUCGGCUUUUUUUUUUUCUCAAAAUCAGUCAAGAACUCGGUAAAGCGUGGCGUAAGAGUCUUAAGCGCGCGAAGCGCGCAAGCCUCACACUCCCGUAGGGUGACGUGCCCGGUUACGUGUGAGGCGGGGAAAAAAAACAUAUUUUUAGCAUCUCGCCCCAGUCUCGGUCUCUGUUUUCAGCUUCGUUCCAGACCUUUUGUUUGACUGCUCGCGCGUACUUGAAUACGCAAAAAUACGGACUGUUUUGCAGUCUAUCAAACUGUUGGGUCUGAGCAUCUGAGCAUUUAAAAAAGUGCAGAAGUGUAUGUAGAGUAGGGGCCCGAGGGUUCUGGGUCGCCGCCUCAUUUUUAGGCCAAACUGCAGCCUGCAGAGCCAAGGAAAAUUAUUUUCAAAUGUCGGGCCCCCCUUUUAUUUUAGGGUCUGGAUGGGCGGAUCCCCUGCUUCCUUCAAGAUGUGGAACCGCCAUUGAAAUUGUGGUGCUAAUCAGGAUGACCCACACCUCUCCUCUUAACAAGAAGGUGUUAAUAUCGUGGGGCGGGGGAGAUUUUCUUAGUACUAAGUAGUGCGCGCGCGUGAACCAGCGUCAUUUUGGUGGGAAAAUGAAAUUGACGGGUUUCAGCGCGAGUGUUGCACUCGUGACAGUAACAAGUCAUCAAAUGCUAGAAAUUACACCAUUCAAUAUAAAUAACCGCGCUUGCAAGCGCUGUUUCUCGUGGAAAAAAAAAUUACAAUGAAGCUUUCCGGAGUGCCUACUCUAGCCUGCGUAGCAAGCGUUUCCUCGCGAGGUUCGUCUAGAAAGCUGGGGCAAGAGCAAAAAAAAAAAUGAAUGACGGGGAAGGGGGAGGGGAAAGAAGGAACCUCUUCUCCCCUCCCCCUCCCCCUUCAACCUUUUUUUUGCUUCCGCUCUACCUUUCGCGCAAUAAUUCGAUUGGAAACGCUUGCUACGAAGGCUAUGCCUACUCGAAUCUAAAGGUCUCCAUUACCACGAAGUACUGAUGAAAAACUUAAUGCUUUCUUACACAGAUGCAUCCUUGACUGCCAAAUAGACUUUCUGGGUUCAAGGGAGAUACCUCCGCGACUGAAGACAAAUCUCGAAGAAACGAAAAAAGAGGAUCGGAACUCUAUUUUUAUCUGUAAAUGCGACGUAUGUGAAAUGUAUUUCUCUAAUAAGUUUAAAUUUGAAAUCCACGAUUGUGGAAACAAAUUAUCGGUACCGUAA